AUGUCUUCUAACGAACCAGCUGCCAAAUUGAACUCUACUCCGGAGAUUCUUCUACGUAAGAGAAGAAAUGCUGAUCGUACCAGACUAGAGAAACAAGAAUUAGCUAGACAAAAGAAUGAAGACAGAAAGAAGACCAAACAAAAAAACAAGAAGAGAUUUAUCAGAGCAGAAACCCUUGUGUCUAAGACUCUAGCUACAGAAAGAGAGAAAGAAAGAAUAAAAAGAAUAUCCAAGUUAGAAUUAAAUAAGACCAAGAAAUUAAAUGGAGCUGAUUUAGAUGCCAUCCAUUUACCAUCUGAAAGAGAUUUCAUUUUAAAGAUCACAGAAAAACUAUCUUCAAAUGAAGAUAAUGAAUUGGAAGAAGGUAUUGAUACAGAUGAAGAAGAAGACAACAUUAUUAAGGAAAAGAUUGUUUACAAUGGUGAACCAACUUUAUUGUUUGUCAUUAGAGUAAGAGGACCAACUGCUAUCAACAUUCCAGCUAAGGCUUUCAAAAUCUUAACCUUAUUAAGAUUAACCGAAGUAAACACUGGUGUCUUUGUUAAAUUAACAAAAAGUGUAUAUCCACUUUUGAAAUUAGUUGCUCCAUAUAUUGUCAUUGGUCAGCCAUCUUUAUCAUCUAUCCGUUCUAUUGUUCAAAAGAGAAGUAAGAUCAUGUACAAGAGACCAGAAGAGGAUCAAGAAAAAGAAAUUCAAUUGAAUGACAAUAAUAUCAUUGAGGAACAACUUGGAGAAACUGGUAUUAUCUGUAUGGAAGAUAUAAUCCACGAAAUCAAUGCCAUGGGUGAAUCCUUCCAAGAUGUUACUUUCUUCCUUUUACCAUUCAAAUUGAAUAGAGAAGUAUCUGGUUUCAAUUCUUUGAACAGAUUAAAGAGAAUCAGACAAAAGGAACAAGAAGCUAAGUAUCGUCACCACUCUAACUCUGCUGUUGCUCCGAUAGUACAAGUAGAUAUCAACGAAUUAAUCUCUAAGUUAAAUUAA